UAGAAGUAUAUCAAAAUGGUUGUGUGGAAUUUAUGGAUUUUGCCUUCGCUAAAUGUGACGUUGAUAAUAAAAUAAGAUGCCCAUGUAGAGACUGUAAGUGUCGUAAAUGGGGGGAUCGUGAAUUCGUGCAUAAACAUUUACUUUGGAGGGGUUGGGAUAAACUUUAUGGGCAACCCCGAUGGACUCUGCAUCGAGCGUCCGAAGAAGAAUACAUUGGCGAGGAAAUGAACAAUACUAAUCAUACAUAAAUUCCCGAAGUUGCAAUUUUAAAUGAACCUGUUGAUGUACGUGAUAACAUUGAAGACUUACUGCAUGCGUGUCUUCAUCACGAUCAUCAUCACGAUCAAGAAGAUCUGCACGAAGAACCCAACCCCGAAACUGAUGAUUUUCGUAAACUCAUUGAAGAGUGGUGCAUCCCCGUUUAUGAUGGAUGUCGGGUAUAUACUAAACUUUCUUUUAUCAUGGAGUUCUACAAAAUUAAGUCUCGUGGCAAGAUGAGUGAUAAUACAUUUACUGAAACCCUUCAGUUAAUGAGAAAACUUGAUUUUUUAAAUAUACCUGACUCUUUUUAUGAAGUUAAGAAGCUCAUCGGUAAAUUGGGGUGUGGUUACAUCAAGAUUGAUGCGUGUGAGAAUGACUGCAUGCUGUUUUGGAAGGAUGACUUGAACUUAAAUGCAUGCAAAGUGUGUAAUGCUUCAAGAUGGAAGAAUCCAGUAGAAAACCAACCGAGUUCUUCAACCUCUCAGCGCAAAAGGGUACCGAAAAAAGUUUUGCGACACUUUCCAUUGAUUCCGAGGCUCAAGCGGCUAUUUAUAUGUCGAAAAUCAGCAAUUAACAUGAGAUGGCACGCUGAGUCUCGAUGUAACGAUGGCGUUCUCAGGCACCCUGCUGAUUCUGAUGCUUGGAAAGAGUUUGACAAGAAACACGAGUCAUUCUCUUUGGACCCUCGAAAUGUAAGGCUUGGCUUGGCUACUGACGGUUUUAAUCCCUUUGGAUCAUUGAGCAGCAAGCAUAGCACAUGGCCUGUAAUUCUAAUGGUUUACAACUUACCACCAAAUAUGUGCAUGCAACGCUCUAAUAUGACGAUGUCAUUGCUUAUUUCUGGUCCUAAAGGCCCGAAAAAUGGCAUUGAUGUUUAUCUACAGUCGUUGAUCGACGAGCUUAAUGAGUUAUGGGGUUCUGGGAUAACAACUUUUGAUGCGUACACCAAGCAAUAUUUUAAUAUGCGAGCCGCACUUUUGUGGACUAUCAAUGACUUCCCUGCGCUUGGUAACUUGUCGGGGUGGAGUACAAGUGGCUAUCUUGCUUGCCCAAGUUGUGCCGAAAAUACCGUGUCUGAACGUUUGUACAAGUCCAACAAACAGUGCUAUAUGGGUCAUAGUCAUUUUUCUGAAGAUGGGGCUCCACCUCCGCCUUCAGGAGAUGAGGUGUUAUAAAAAACGGAGGGUAUAAAUGUUACAUUUGGCGUAGGCCAAACAGUGCAUCGAGCUUCCCAAUGGAGAAAACGGAGUAUAUUCUUUGAAUUGCCGUACUAGAAAGAUAAUCUCAUUCGACACAAUCUUGAUGUCAUGCAUAUUGAGAAAAAUGUCGGUGAAUUAUUGCUUAGGUGGUUAUUAAAUAUUCUUGGAAAAAAUGACGGGUUUGACAAUGCUAAGGAGGACAUUGGAAAAA